GGCAACGCGAGACUACCAAAGCACAGACAUCACGUUAGUUGCAGCACGUCUAAAGUUAAACAGUGUUGUUAAGAGAGAAAUUACAACGUCGUGAUCGAGAGCUCCCGGCGGUGAAGUUGGCAUUAGAUGAGUGGAGACACUGGCAGGAGGGCGCCAAGGACCCAUUCGUCAUCCUCACCGACCAUUGGAACCUGGAGUACAUAUGGACAGCGAGGAGGCUGAAUCCACUCCAAGCAAGGUGCGAGGGCCAUCCUGUGCCACCAGUCAAUUGAUGGUGGAUCACCUUCUGACCCUGUGGUCGCCAGGUGACCCGGGUGCCAUAGAAUUGACCUGGAUGGAUGUGCCUAGCGACAAGCUGCUGGAGCCCAUCAUCUGCAUGUCUGACAUGCUGUGCUCACUAUCCACCACGCAACCCACAGUUAACCACCACGCAACCCACAGUUAACCACCACGCAACCCACAGUUAACCACCACGCAACCCACAGUUAACCACCACGCAACCCACAGUUAACCACCACGCAACCCACAGUCAACAUGGAGGUCUUGUUCAAGGUCAGGAAGUUCACAGAGGACUUAGAGCAGGAGGGUUGAGAGGCCCUGGUUGGCAGGGGCUUUACUACUCCUUACUCAGUCUCUCCUAUCAAGACCCAACUCCAGUCAAAUAGUAGCUACAGUAGUACAACACUACGAACCUGCAUUGACAAGAAUGAUGGAGUAUUUUAACUUACACACAAUUGUUUUUUUUUUGCAUAUCCCAACUCCCUUUGAGACACCCACAAGUGCCUUAUUUUCUCACUUUGUUGACUCCGGUAUUUGAGCCAGCAACCUUUCAGUAACUGGCCCAGUGAUCUAAAGUUGAGGCUACAUGCCGCCCCUUAGUGGGUCUGUAGGGUGACUCCCCUAGUGGGUCUGGAACCCAGGUCAGCAGCACUACAUUGCUGUGUGUCUGUAUAGUUGAGGGUAUAUUGGUUUAGUAAUACUCAAUUCUGUUCUGUUUCCAGAGGGGAUCUCAAUGCUGUUACACGUAGCCACGAUCACCAAGCUACCCUGACUUAAUACAACCUCAAUUCAAAAAGAACAAGAUGUGCUUGUCAUUGUUUUAUUUUUUACUUGUAUUAUAGUAUACCCACAUUUCUGUCCACUACUUUUGAAUCAGGUAGUAAUUCAACAGAUACAUGUGCUGCCUUUCCAACUGAUGUCAAGUUCCAACACAAAUAUUCAUUUGAAAAAACAAUAGACUUUCACAUUGUAUGUCUGUUGUUUAAACAAUGUAAUCAUAAUAUAUGCCAUUUAGCAGAUGCUUUCAUCCAAAGCGACUUACAGUCAUUUGCACAUACAUUUUACGUAUGGGUUUCCCCGGGAAUCGAACCCACAACCCUGGUGGUGGGAUCGGC